UCUUGUGCAACGAGGCGUGACCAGCGCGUGACGUCAGACCUCACGAGCGCAGCUUGUUUUGGAGGAAGUGAAGAAGAGAGCUCCGUUCAGCUAGCAGCUAGCCGCUUAGCCUGACAGGAAAACUGUGAAAUCAUGACAUCAAGGAAGAAAGUUCUACUCAAAGUCAUCAUCCUUGGAGACUCUGGAGUUGGGAAGACCUCACUAAUGAACCAGUAUGUGAAUAAGAAGUUCAGCAACCAGUACAAAGCCACGAUUGGCGCCGAUUUCCUGACGAAAGAAGUCAUGGUGGAUGACAGACUUGUCACAAUGCAGAUUUGGGACACAGCAGGUCAGGAGAGGUUCCAGUCUUUGGGUGUAGCUUUCUACCGUGGAGCAGACUGCUGUGUGCUGGUGUUCGAUGUGACCGCACCCAACACCUUCAAGACCCUAGACAGCUGGAGAGACGAGUUCUUGAUCCAGGCCAGCCCACGAGACCCAGAGAAUUUCCCUUUUGUGGUGCUGGGCAACAAGAUUGACCUGGAGAACAGACAGGUACCAACCAAACGGGCACAGAUUUGGUGUCAGAGCAAGAACAACAUCCCAUAUUUUGAAACCAGCGCCAAGGAGGCAAUCAACGUGGAGCAGGCUUUCCAGACUAUCGCACGCAACGCUCUUAAACAGGAAACCGAAGUGGAGUUGUACAACGAGUUCCCCGAGCCAAUAAAGCUGGACAGGAACGAGCGAGCCAAGCCUUCAGCAGAGACCUGCAGCUGCUGAGGCCUCUGAGGAUCAUCAGGGGCUUGUCAUCGCCUGCAUCACCCUGUCUUGCCUUGUCUAUUUAUCCCCUGCCCCGUGGCCCCGCUGUGUUACGCCCUGACGUCCAACAUACAAGCAGCGUCCCCGCUCAUAAGAGUAUAUUACUACACACAAACAUGCUGCACCCACCUCCUUAUAUAAAUAUAUAUAUACAAAAUACAUUUUCUAUAAAAUAGUCUUUUAGUCCAAAGAACACUUUAAGGAAAAAAAUUAGGUGUUUAUUUGUUUGAAGCUUGUUUCCUCCCCAGUCUUUGCCCCUCUUACUCGUCCUUGGUGGUUUGGGGCUGAAUUUCCUUCCGUUUCACGUAUUUCCUGCUUUCACUCCCAGUGUGCUCCCAACUGCUUGUAUUUUGAUACUUAAAGUGGGAAAUCAAAGCAUUACUUCUGUAUGUAUUUUCAAUUUCUGAGUUGGACAAAUAUUGUUUUUUUUUUUUUAAUAAUCAAAAUGUCUGUAAUUGUGGUGGUUAUUUUCUCUCAGUCCACCACUGCUGCACGAACAGAGGAAACACUGCUGCUCCGUAUUUUCCCUAAUACUUGUUACGGCGGCGUGUACAGCCUGGACUGCAUAAAAGAAAUCUCCCUACUUCAGCAGGGCUUUUGUGUGAAACUAAACAAGUGAAUUAGAUGAAAAUAAUGGUGGCUGACUUUUAAAAAAUUUGCAUAUAAUUGAGAAUUAAAGGGGGCAGGAGGGGUCAAUCUGACAAAUAUGUACAGUUAUUUUCCAUCACAACCAUGCUGUCAUACCCAGUAGCUUAAAUUUAUGGAGACGACUCAUUUCGAGCCACACAAUAAAGGUGAUUGUAGCUUGGGUUGGGACUUUUGGUCUAAGCGCUGCUCCUCUGUUGGGAAAAUGAAGGUUCAUCUUGUAAUCUUGUACCGUUACACCAUUUGACAUGGGAACCAGCUGCAUCAAUACAGCAUGUCAGAUAAACCGGGAGGAGAGCUUUUUUUUUUUUUUUUUUCUGAAAUAACUGCUAUUAUUAAAUAUGUUUGUUUUACAAGACUUUGUGUAUAAUUGCGAAUUUCUCAAUCAUGAUUUAGGGAAGGCAAAGAAAGCUGUUGUAAAUCUCCAUAUCCGACUCUGCCAACUCGCCUGUGGUGGCAAACAGUUUAAGUGCUUCUCAUCUUAUUUUAACUGAUUGGAUCUUUAACUGUUGGUUUGUACUAUACUGAGAGCUAGAAAUUCAUCGUAGAGUCUAAGAUAGCACACAUACUGUAACUCUGACUCUUAAAAAGAAACAUGGAAGUCUUUGGCAUUCAUCAUUAUUAUAAUAUGGUAAUGCACAACAUCUACAUUGUUUCAAAAUGUCUUUGCGUUUCAAGUAAUAUGGAUAAUAAAAAAUCUUGACUUAA